UAAAAGUGUUAGCGUGGCUUGUGAUUGCGCGUAGUGAUCGAGUGCCAUCAUGGCUUGGUAGCUUCAACGGCCAUUUGAACAACACGAGCAAUCGCAACAUCGACAUGUCGCAUGUCGGCUUGAUAUAAUACCCAGUUUGAAAAUCGAUUUUUGCAGCGUCUCUUAUAGUUUCUCCGGAGCUUUUUUGGCAUGUCGAUCGUGCGGCGCGAAGCUCCCAGACUCGAGCUACCCUCCGCAAUCCAAGCUCUGUCGUAGGACAGGCACACUGAGUUGGCAAACUUGAGGCGAAUGUCGAGUGAAUGCAACCUUUAAACCCUUUUCUCAGCGCCUUCUUCAGGGGUACAUUUCCAGCUCAAUGUACACCUGCUCAUCAUCACAUCCUCCUCGUCCCGACCACUGAAGUCCUCCUCACCUCCCGCGAUCGCGAAUCCGGCGCCCUCUUCUCAGAUCUUGCUCAGACAGAGGACUUUCUAGGAAGCCAUGUGCUGCGGAUACCGAAUGGCAAUGGCGCGACGCCGGGAGGGAAGGAGAGCAUGCGCGAGCAUAGGGGGAAGGCGAAACAAUACACAACCAUUAAUGGCAGGACGGUGAUAAUUAAGGACGCAUUUGUGUAUGCGAAUAAAGGCUUCAAGACACUCAACCAGGCACAACUUCUUUACGACUCCCUGUGGUACCCCGAUUCGCUAGAGCCAAGAUCAUGGCUUGUAUACUAUAUAUCCAAGCCGCUGAUAGGCACUGUUGAGUAUUUGAAAGACGAAAACGCCAUAUCGAAGCCCGAUUCGAAUGGCAUCCCGAGAACAGUCCCUUCUACCAUGGACCCUCAGUCCGGGCCAGUGAAUGCAACAGUUCCUCGCAAAAGGGACAUCAAGUCUUUCAAUGAUCUGCUAGGCAACUUUCCCAUGAUAGCGCGGCAGAUGCAACCUGGAUUGGAGCGGUUAUUUAAGGAGUUCAACCAUGUAUUCGAUAAACCUCUUCCGCCGCCUCCAUCUGCGAACCACAUACCGGACCCAGACCCAGACGGACCAAUUUCAACCGCCGUGAAGAAUGUGCGGUCAGGCAGCGUAGCCCUUGGUUCACAACAAGAAAAUGGCCAUCUUGAGCGAGUCUUAACUGGGUCAUCGUUUUUCGACGAUGAAGAACAGAUAAUGAGAGGAGCGCUGGAAACUGCGGUGACGGCAGCCAUUGACAUCUUCCAAAUGGUUGAUAAGCAGCAAUUAUCACUUCUCGGCGCCACAACUGAUCUAACCGGGCCCAUUGUCGAGAGGCUUAUCGAGCGGUAUGUUGCAGAGCAACUACAUGGCGAGAUCUUAUACCCGAGGAUCUGCGCUCUUAAACGCCCGGAAGACCUGGAACUUGAGUCGAAGAUUAAGCAGAUGGAGUUUAUCGAUAUAUCACAGGUCGGCAUACCGAUUCAAGGGGGAAACGUAGGAAAGCACGAACUUACAUUGCGGCUUGGGCGAGCGGUCGAGGAAUUUCGGAAGCUCAGAGUUGCCGGAAGCCCCCAACAGAUGAUGGAUAUCCUGCUCCUGACUUUAAGAACGGUCACCCAAUUUUCGGAUGUGCCCAACGGUGCAUCGUUUGACAAUCCCAAUUCAGAGAAAGUCAGCCCUAUCCUGACUAUAAAUGCCGAUACUCUAGUGUCGUUGCUCCUCGUCGUGGUUAUUAGAUCGCAAGUCAGAAAUCUUCAGGCAAGAUUAUUGUAUAUGCGCCAUUUCAUCUACAUAGACGACGUCGAAAACGGGGAGAUGGGUUACGCGCUGAGUACGCUUGAGGCAGUACUAUUAUACCUACAGCGAGACUCAGGAAGUCUGCGGAAGGCGAGUCGACGGAACAAAAAGUUAUGGCAGUCGGCCUCAAAUGGAGACUUACAUGAACUCCAGAAGAUAAUGGAACCGGAACGCUGCGAGUACGAGGCCGAUCAACAAGACACACUGGAGCCGUGGAACUUCACAAACGGGAUUAGAAUUGGCGUUCCCCAGUCUCCCACUUUCCAAUCUAGGAGGUUGUCUCAAGUUUCGCCUUUGGCCCAUGUCUUUCCUUUCCAAAUCCAGGAGAAUAACGAGAACACGCCGCCAAAUAAUGAAGAACUACCCCCGGCCCCCCCGCCUAGACGGCCGAAGACUGUAACGAUGGACAUGCGGAGUAUGUCAUCCAGUUCAGAGAUUUCGUUCCGAUCCAGAGCCACAACAAUCGAUUCUAUGGGCAGUGGAAUUGAAGGCGAUACUUCAAUCGAAAGAUUAUCUCAGACGGAAGAUCUUCAGGGAGAGUCGGUGCUUAUGAUGGCUGUCAAUAACAGACGCCCUGAAUCAUUACGAUAUCUACUCUCGCUCGAAGAGUAUUACUCUGUUCUAGCCGUCCUGGCAGACGCAAAUAACGAAGGCACCACAUUGUUUAGCGCUGCCGUGCAACUCGGCAAUAAAGAGAUCGUAGACAUUCUUUUGGAGACUAUGAAUCGUGUCGAUGAGCCUACUAGAAUAUCGUACUUGGCAAGACAAGACAUUCGUGGGAGAAGCGCAGGCCAUUACCUCUUCAACACUCAUUGGCUUAUACCGCACCUUGGACGGUUAAUACCGUGGAGGCAAAAGGAUAAGAACGCGCAAACUCCAUUAUUCGCGCUAUGCCGCUCAUACGACCAUAAUGAAUACAGCGAAAUGGUAGAGUCAGGACUCAUCGCAGCUACCGCCGCACAAGGAGACGGCCUACUACUUCAUGUGGAUGAUCACGUUGAUUCAAAAGGCAAUACCUUGCUUCACAUCGUCAAUGUCCCCCAUAUCGCUUUACGUAUACUGUUAAGGAGCGACGCAAAUGUCAACGCAACCAACGAGAAGAAGUUCACGCCUCUUAUGGUAGCCAGCAAAUAUGGUCGACUGGAAAUGGUCCAGGUUCUCUUCGGAGACCCCAGGGUGGACAUCUAUGCUCGAGAACUGAGGGGCCUUACCGCAGUAGAGCUCGCGAAGGACGACGAGGUUAGAAAUCGCAUAGAUGAUUUGGUACUCUUUUCCGGCCAGCCUGGAGAAGACGGUCGAAUUACAACCGUAGUGCGUUCAUUCUUCGUUGAAGACGCCACGAUUCGUCUCGUUCUCAAAUCUGGCGCGCCGUCUCACGACACUAGCUUCACAGUUACGACCUGCCGCCGCUCGUUAACGGAUUUCGAGCACCUGGCAAAGCUCCUCGCCAUCGAGAAUCCCGCAUCUUGGCUUCCGAUCAUCAACGGGAUGCGCAGCCCCUUCCAGAUCCCGAGCAAGCCGUCGCGAGCUGUCCUGAGGGAUACCCAGAUACGGCUUGACGGAUUCCUGAAGAUCCUGUUGUCGCACUCUACCUUCUCCACGCACGAGAUGCUGUGGGAAUUUUUCCUCGUGCCAGAUAUCCAGGCGGACAUGAUGGAGAAGCGGAGUAGGCUGAAGGCUGAAGCGCGUGUCGACCGGUUGAAGGAGGAAUAUGAGCCGAUUCAGGAUGUGAAGGAUGUGGACCAGUUUGUAGAUCACGCGAGGGAUAUGGUGCGCAGCGUUAACUACGCUACAAAGAGCGUAGUCAGACGGACGAACGCGCUGCGCACAGCAAUGCUUGACGUGGCCGACGCCGGACAAAUCGCAUCCAAGAACAUCCAACCCCUCGCCUUCAUCCCUUCCACGCACAAACAAGCUCUAGAAGCUUACCUCGACACCCUCACCCCCCCAACCAUCCACCCCAUCGGCGCCCUCCACUCCACUCUCACCUCCCUCCACAGCACCCUCAUCGCGAUCCUUCUCUCGCUCUCCCGCCCCACCAGUCUCAUCUCCAGAAUCACCGCCUCCUCGCGCAGCCUCCAGCGCAACUACGCGUCCCUAUCCCGCUCGACGCGAUGGCCGCUCGGUCUAUUGGAUGACACUCGUCAGCGGCUUGAUCGGGAGAAACAAGAUGUUAUUCGUAGGGAAGAAGGGGAGCGCGAUGGGCUCGGCAGGGAGCUACGGUAUACGCAGCAGGUUGUCGCGGGGGAGCUAGCGGGGUGGCAGGAGUGGCGCGCCAAGACGUUGAGGAGGGCGGUUAGGGAGCUGGUGGAGGGGAUGGUGGUGGUGGAGAGGGAGAGGUUGAAGGGUAUGAUGAGGGCGGUGAGGAAGGUUGGGGGGGAGGAGGGGGGGGUGGUGAGUGAGGAGGCGUAUGAGAGGGUUGUGGAGAGGGAGAGGGAGGCGAGGUGAUGGGUGUGGGUCGGUGGCAAUUGUUUGGUCAUUUUGCCGGGCUUUUAGAGGGAUGGCGUUUGGGUGGUAGGGUUGCUACUAGGAGCGGGUUAGCUGUUCAGAUGUUCUUUUGGGGGUGUAUAAAGAGGGGAUAAUAUUAUAAUUUCUUAUGGAUCACACAGCACGCGGAAGACGAACUGUGGG